GCCGGGCAUUCGUACUUUAAGCCGUUUCAUAUCAAAUCAAACAGGCCAUUGUGCUCCAACUUAUCUCAAACCAUACUACAUAAACCUCGCAAGGACACAAAUCCCAGUAUUGAAAAAGAUCUAGAUCUUAGCUAACCCUCUUAGCCUUUGCAUUCAUCCAGAACCCGGUCUCAAGCUCAAAGAAAGACUCUUGCUAGCUACCACGCUGGCUAAAAGAGUUGAUGCCGCCAGAGCCAAGUGACGAUAUGGCUUUCCCUGUGGGACUGCCACUCCGAAAGUUAGAUCACAACUUCAACAAUUGCGAAGGAAGUAUCUUGUCAUUUGAUCAAAUGCGGAGCCUGACCAUGGCAAAUCCUCUUUGGCGAGAGUUCAUCAACAAUCGUUUAGCCCUCGAGCGUCGUUAUGGGCAGCUUCUACACUUACAAUAUUUUGGUGGCUUUGUACCAAUCCACUACGGGACCUCAACCAGCAGCGCCAUGGGUCCAGAAACUGUGGUCAAACUACUUCUGACGCUUGCAGAACUUUCAAUGUCCGAAUCUUCAGACUCAUCUGAGAGCCCCUUCACAGAUGAUGACGAUACGCUGAAAAGAAUGGGUUGGGAGGAUAUACAUGCAAAGCAGCCUCGCUGGGCACUUUUGUCUGACACGUACGCCGCAGCAACAGCCGUCUCUAAUAGAACACCAGGACACAAAACUUCACUCCAAUUUGCAGGCUCUCCGAAGCCUUACGGGAGCAACCCUAUCCUGAUCCAUAUUGAUGGCGUCUCUGAUGACGAACUUAGUGAUCAACUAUUCGUCGCCAGAGAAGCGGGGUGCAUUGGUAUUGUCAUUGAGCUUGUGGAAACCCAGUUCAAUGGGAGAGUCUUGGAACCCAGUCUGCUCAGCCGGCUGAGCACCAUGUGCGCGGAGUUCCAAUUGCUAUUAGCAGUAGAUGAAACUCUGACUGCCAUACGUUGCGGUGCACCCUUUUGCUUCCAACGGGAGGAGUACUUCGAUGUUGCAUCCCCCGACCUCGUCUUUUUUGGUAAGGCUACUGGCUCUCAGGGAAUUGCCAUUGGCUUUGAUGGGCAGUUUGUCAAAAGGUUUGAUCUCUCGGGGAGUUCACGAGGCCGGGCUGUUCGUAAGUGGCAGAACAACUUCCAAAAGCCACUGCCGACUGCAGACCUCAUUCAGGCCAUGGCCACGAUCGAUAUUGCAGUCCAGGGAAACUUUGUGAUGCUGAGUAGAAUCAUCGGACAGACCGUUCGCAAGUUUGUGCUCGAACAGGCGGCGGAACGAGGACAUGAGGUGACUCCUCCGGACAUUCUUGGAGGGUUAGAGAGCCUAAUCUUUGUGAGGAAGGAUAUUGCUGGAGAGAUGCUGGUCAUGGGCGCGAGAACGGCUGGCUCGUGGAUACCUUGGGUUAAGUGGCUCCCUAGACUUGAGAAAGAUAUGACGAGAAGCGAGGUGCUCGAAGAAGUCAUUGGCAGAAGUAGCAGAUCAGCUCGCGAGGGGCUCUCUAAUUUGCUGGUGAAGCGAGGAUCUAAGCCGACUUGGUGUUUUUGGUGCGGGAACCGAACCACAGCGAGGAAAGACGACUGGUGUCGGAGGUGUUGCAUUGGCAUGUGUUAUGAGGACGUAUGUGGGCGUCACUUCUUUCGGCAUGAUUGUAUCUAAACCAAGUUGUCUCUAAGCAUUUCAGAUAGCUAGGAUCACUAUUUACACCUUCCUCUUGUAGAUCUCGGGGAAAUAAAAUAAAGGAGGGGCGUUGGUCUCUGGUAGAAAAGUCUACUUACUUACAUGUACUCAGUUAGGCGUACACUGCUCACAACAAUAGGUUUACACCGACAUGCGUACUUUCUACUCCAUGACAAAAGAUUUCACAACCAAAGACUCUGCUCGCAA